AUGGCGGUAAAACUUGCUAAAAGACUUUCUGUCAAUGAUUUAUUGGAGGACUAUAGUGAGGUAUCAUCUGAUACAUCUAACAGUAGCAUGGAAAUCUCAGACAAUACCAGCUCUACUGGCUCAUACAGCAGUGAAGGUUCCAUAGAAAACCAACUUCCGGUUUACUCGACAAAGUUUUCAGAACGACCUGACCGAAUGGAAGAAUCAAUCGAUGCUGGUUAUUCAAGUCUCAGCCGCGACUCACGAUUCCCUUCAACAUCUGAUUCCGAUAAUGCUGAACAUUCCGAUAGUGACAUUGAAGAAGAAUCAAAUAUGACUCUUGUUGAAAGCGCAUGUGCAGAAUGUGAUUCCGCUAGAACGAUUCCAGACAUCAGAAACAGUCUACAAGACAAAGUGAGUCAACUUAGAGCUGAGAAAAUGAUCGUUGAGGAAAAAAUCCGCGAAGCACAAGAAGACGAUAUAAUUCGUUUUAAAGAAACUCAGCGAUUGCGACGCCAUCUACCUGGUUACAAGAAACAGAUGUUGUUGAAAACAUUGACCAGUCUGAAGGAAAGACUUGAAAAUCAAAGCCAAAGAUUACAGAAAAGUUAUUCAACAGUAUUAUCAAUGCAAAGAAGAUUUGCUCAGAGACAUAAUCCGUUUUUCAUUGUCCCAAACACAAACUUUAGUUGAGAAAAGUAGUACUAUCGCGGAUGAAUAAUUAGUGCUAUGUAUGAUUGUAUGUAAAUAUGAUGAAUUAUUAUUUAUUUAUAAUGCUCUAUAGAUGAGGAAU